AAGAAAGCGAAGGAAAAGGACAAGGAAGGAGGGGACCGGGAAGGGGGGGGGACACCGAACCGCGCCUUCCCCGGGCCGCUCCCGUUGCUCCUGGUCCUACCGGCCCCAUCCGGGCCGAGCGCGGGCGAUUUUGGGGCAGAACGCGCCUUUUCCGUCCGGUUCUGCCGCCGGCCCCCCCGCCCCGCCUCCCUCCCUUUUGACUUUCCGGGCUGCUCUUUUUCCGCGUCCAGCUGCCCCCCCCAGCCCCAAAAUGCAGCCGGAGAGGUUGUGACCCCCCUCCCCCCCCCAACCUCCAGCAGUGCUUUGUCGUGUUCCUUCCCCCCCCGCACCCCGGGGGCCGGGCUCUCGGCACGCACCUCGCCAUGCUGCGGCUGCCCCGGGGGCUGUCACCCGCUGCGGGGGGGGGCACGGCCGUCCUGCCCCCCGCUCUCCACCACCACCGCCUUCCGAAGAAAACGGCGAUGGGAUCGGCGGAGCCGGGGGGGGCUGCGGUUUUGGGCAGCCCCCCGGUGCCCAACGCCUGCUGUAGCCGUCCGUACCCCCCCCGGCUCUACGCCACCCCUCAGGGACCCCCCCAGCUCAGGACGCUCCGAUCGGCUUCUGCGGGACGGCUGCCGGCCAAGCGCAAACUGGACCUGGAGGGCCCUGAGCUCCACACACCGAAGGGGAAGGGCAGGACUCUGGUACAGGUCCCCAGCCCCAGGACCCCCAAGUCCCCAGGUGAGAAGACACGCUAUGACACCUCGCUGGGGCUGCUCACCAAGAAGUUCACCCUCCUGCUGAGCGAGUCACCCGAUGGAGUGUUGGACCUCAACCGUGCCGCUGAGCUCCUGGAGGUGCAGAAACGCCGCAUCUACGACAUCACCAACGUCCUGGAGGGCAUCCAGCUCAUCCGCAAGAAGUCCAAGAACCACAUCCAGUGGAUGGGGACGGGGAUCUUUGAGGAUGCGGCGGUGGCAGCCAGGCAGCAGGUGCUGCGUGGGGAGCUGGCUGAGCUGGGCAGAGCAGAGAGGGCUCUGGAUCAGGUCCUGCAGGAGUGCAGCCUGCAGCUGCGGCAGCUGACAGAUGAUGGAGCCAACCAGAGGCUGGCAUACGUCACCUACCAGGACCUCCGUGCCAUCAGCAGCUUCCAGGAGCAGACAGUGAUUGCUGUGAAAGCCCCCCCGGAGACGCAGCUGGAAGUGCCUGACCUCAGCGAGGACAACCUGCAGCUGCACCUGAAGAGCACCAAUGGUCCCAUCGAGGUCUACCUGUGCCCAGAGGAGAUCCCGGAGGACAGCCCUACCAAGGACCAUGAUGUCCCCUCCAGCCCUGUGCUGCGGGACAGCAGCACCCGCCCCUCCCUUCAGAACAGCCCAGAGCCCCCCAUAUCCCUACAGCCGCCCGAUGGCCACCGUGCCCCAUCCUUAUCCCCAUCCCCUCCCCUCUCCAGCCCUGAGGAGCCCCACUCGCUGCUGGAGGUGGGCACGGGGCUGCUGGACUCCCCCCAUCACCUCUUGCAGCAGACAGAGGACCAGCUGCCCUGCGCCCCUUCCUACCUGGACUCGGUGCCCUUCAUCCCCUUCUCACCCCCCCUGGAGCAGGAUGAAUACCUCUGGGGGCUGGAGGGUGGCGAGGGGGUCAGCGACCUCUUUGAGGCAUAUGACCUGAGUGAGCUGCUGAAGGACUGAGCCUCCUCCGUUCCCCGCUGCUCCAUCCCUGUCCCCACAGAUGGGGAAGGGGGCACAGUGCCCUGGGUGGCUUUGCUGGGGGUUUGGGGGUCUCCACCCCAACUGCUCCAUGGGUUGCUGGCAGACCUUUGGGUGCUUGGGUACCCCAGGCCUUUGGGUAUGGGGUUGGGGGCACCCACCUAGCAGUAAUGGGGCCCCUGCCAGAAGGAGCUGUGCUGGGGAGUGGGGAGAGGGUCACGUUUUGGGGGCACUCCAGUUGCUCCCCAGUUAGAGUGGUGCUUUGGGGUGAUGGAUGCUCGUUUGGAACCGUGUGGGGCACCAACUGUGUGGGUUGGAGCUGAUGGUCAAGAGGCACUGAGCAGGCACUCCCCCUUGCUGUCACUGAAAUAUCAAUAAGGAAUAAUGAGCCGAGAUGGAGGCAACUUUUCUUCAAGAGGGGGAUGCUCAACUUGGGGGUGGGGGCACUUCGCCUGCAGCCUCUUAAAACAGAGCCAUGGGCAAAUGGGGGCAUCCAUGUGCCGUGAUGGUGCUUGGGGGGGAUGGACACUGGGGCUUAAUGGGGCAGAAAGGUGGCAGCUGGUACCUGAGGGGGGGGAAUCAGGAGCAGUGUGGGACAGAUCAGCUUUUCCCAAACUGCAUCACUUUCCCCUCCUCACUGUGGAGGCUUUAGCAUUGCUGGGGCUGUGCAGAGGUUUUCCCCUGGAUGGCAUCGGGCUGGGUAUGGCCGUGUGGGUUUUCUCCAUCUUGGUGAUGUGGGGUCAGCAUGGCCCCACCAGCACAAAGGAUACACCCCAGGGAAGUCCUCCCCGUGGAAAAACAUGUGUUAAUUAUUGCACUGUAUUUAUACAGGACCCACCUCUGACACAGUGCUGUUGGGGGCUCGGGAUUCAGUUUUUGAGCGUAUUUAAGUUGUCCUUUUUGGGUUUGCUCUGCUGCGGUUUGGUUGGGAUGCGGUGUGGGUGAGAAAUGUGUGGCAUGUGGUGUUCUCUGCCUGGGAGGGGAUGAAAGGAGAUGAAAUAAAACUUAUGAGUUGUCAGCCAAAUACUGAUGUUGUUCAUGGUGUGUUUUGGGUGUUCGAUGUCUGGUGGUACCCAGUGAUGUUGGGUGGUACCCAGUGAUGUUCAAUGUCUGGUGAUGUCCAGUGGUGUCCAGUGGUGUCCAGUGAUAUCUGAUGGUACCCUGUGUUUUCCAGUGAUACUCAACAUCUGGUGAUGCCCCAUAAUGUUGAGUGGUAUCCCAUAAUGCCCAGUGAUGCUCAGUGUCUGAUGAUGCCCAUUGAUGUUAGGUGGUACCCAGAGAUGCCUGCUGAUGUCCAGUGGUAU